AUGGAUAUUGACUUGGAGAAGAAGCAGGAACCCAGCCCUGGGUCUCCCACUCCUAGCCAGGAAUAUGGCCAGAUCGUCUCCACUCAGGAGAAGACGUCUUUGUUCGCCCGCAUAAUCGAUGGAUUUCGUGAAAAUCCUCACGCCCGUGUCACCGAAUUGCUCGUCGACGAUAAUGGGAAACCGCUGCCUGAUCAGCCGCCAGCACAGCCAGCGCUGGCCAUGAAACUCAAACAGCGACAUUUGCAGAUGAUUGCCAUUGGCGGCUCCAUAGGCACUGGUCUCUUUGUCGGUUCAGGCUCGGCCCUUGCCACCGGCGGUCCAGCAGCGCUCGUGCUCGCGUAUUGCCUCCUGGGAAUCAUGAUCUUCUGCACCGUGCAUGCCUUGGGAGAGAUGGCUGUCUUAUUCCCAGUCGCUGGCUCAUACUCGGCAUACUCAUCAAGAUUUAUUGACCCAGCAUGGGGUUUUGCAAUGGGUUGGAAUUACUGCUUUCAGUGGCUAGUCACUUUGCCCAUUGAAAUAAUGGCUGCCAGUAUAACCCUAAAUUACUGGCAGGGAGCACGUGACGUUAACCCCUGUGUCUGGGUCACCAUCUUCUAUAUUGUCAUUGUCUCCAUCAAUCUGUUCGGUGUCAGGGGUUAUGGAGAGGCCGAGUUCGUUUUCUCGAUCGUCAAAGUGAUCGCCACGCUAGGGUUUAUUAUAUUCGCCUUAGUCGUCGAUGUCGGUGGAGGACCUACCGGGCAUUACUUCGGAGCCAAAACAUGGGACGACCCAGGCGCAUUUGCGUAUGGUUUCAAGGGCGUCUGCUCGGUCUUUGUCACAGCCGCGUUUUCGUUCGGUGGGACUGAACUGGUGGGUUUGGCGGCAGCAGAGGCAGAAAAUCCACGUCUGGCGCUUCCCACCGCCAUCAAACAAGUGUUCUGGCGGGUGGUUCUGUUCUAUAUCAUCUCCUUGACCUUCGUUGGAUGCCUGGUGCGAUGGGAUGACCCUCGGCUGCUCAAUAGUGGCAGCAGCGCCAACAACUGGACCUCGCCAUUCGUGCUGGCCAUCAAGAAUGCGGGCGUUGGAGGCUUGCCCUCGGUUUUCAAUGCUGUCAUUCUCAUCGCAGUUCUGAGUGUCGGAAACGCAUCUGUAUAUGGCGCAUCGCGAACGCUGGCUGCACUGGCUGAUAACGGUCAAGCACCCAAAAUCUUUGGCUAUAUUGACCGAACGGGCAGACCGCUCGUGGCCAUUCUCUUCUCGUCGGCACUCGGGGCUCUCUGUUAUAUUGUGGCGUUGUCGCCCUCGCAGCGUCAAGAAGCGUGGAACUGGAUGUUUGCGGUCAGCGGUCUCGCAAGCAUCUUCACCUGGGGAUCUAUCUGUCUGUGCCACAUCCGAUUCCGCCAGGCCUGGAAAUACCACGGUCACACUCUGGACGAACUGCCUUACAAGUCUCAAGCGGGCGUGAUUGGGUCAUGGAUUGGAUUUCUGUUUAAUUGCCUGGUGCUGAUAGCCCAGUUCUGGACGGGAUUUGCCCCUAUUGGUUACCGCGACAUGUCAUCAUCUGAGAGGACAAAGAUCUUCUUCGAGGGAUAUUUGGCGGCGCCCAUCGUCAUAGUCUUCUACAUCGGAUUCAAGAUUUGGAAGAGAACCUCGAUCCGCCAAAUCAAGGACAUCGAUGUGGUCUCUGGCCGACGGGAGCUGGAUCUGGAACACAUUCUAGCCGAAGAAAAAGCGAUCCGAGCGACGUGGCCAUGGUGGAAGAAAACGUGGAACACGUUUUGCUAG